AUGAUGUUAUCACUGCGCAGGUUUUCUAUGUACGUUUUAAGAUCUCUGCGGCUUCACUUUAAAAAGAUAGCAGUUAUUCUUUUGGCCGUGCAGUUACUGUUUAUUAUAGUGUUUGUAUUUAGCGGCCGCUCACCGAUUAUUGACAGUAACUGGAAGUCAUUCACUGCGCCAUUUUUUGAACCAGUUACCCACGCUGACAAGAACAACAACUAUGCUGCUUUCGAUCUGAGAUCAAAAGAUAACGUAGCCAGACUGUACGAAAAAAUGAAUUUCGAUACUUCAGGCGAAUGGAUUGACACAUACACCUUGAGGAAUAACCUUCUCACUGUGAAAAUGGGCUCUGAAAAAGGACAGGUUCUCGAUUCGGUAGACGAAUUGAGAUAUUAUGAUAGUGACCCAAGAUUGGUAUGGUCAGUUGUACUGGAUCACUUGUUAGAAUCAGAUUCCAAUGAAUACGCAUUUUCGUGGUACGAUUGGGCCAAUUUUGACUCGACAAAUAAACUCAUUGCACUGAGACACACCAAUAUCUCUUGUCAGUUUGUUUGCGAAGGUGCUUUUGAUAAAGAGAUGCUAGAAAGGGUAGAGGGCGAAGUACAAGAGCCCUUAUUUGUCACAAAUAGGAACAAAUAUGACGAAUCACUUUGGUAUGAUAGGGUAAGAAAGAUUGUGGAUCCUAAUUUGGUCCAGCAGGUCAUACAUGAUCAUUGUAAGAACAAUGACGCAUAUUCCAAUGGUACUCCUUUCGAACUACCCUUUAUAAUUAGUGGAACUUCUGAAAGGUUGAGGCCGGAGGUUUAUGACUUACAAGCCAAAAACCAUUUAUUAUAUUCUAAUUUUACUCCGUUGUCAUUGACCGUACUGGACAGCGAUAAAGAUGCUUAUCGAAUUGAUUUGAAAAAAACAGACUCUUCAAAAUCAAACAUAGUACAAACCAAUCUAUUACAGAACUACAUUCAAAGGCACAGAAAUGAAAUAGUAAAUGGCGAUCUCAUUUUCAACCACACUUCCAUUUUUGAAAAAUUCUUGCAUCAUGAAUCUACCAAAAAAAGGAAACUUGACGUUGAAGGCUUAGAUAAAACGAUAUUUGCUAGAGAGUAUCUAGAGUUGUCACCAUCCGAUUUCCACUUCGAUGCAAAAGAGAAAAUCACUGAAUUAGAGACCAGGUUAAGGUCUGAAGGCAUAUCAUUGCACGAUACCCACUAUUUACAAAGUUUAAAAUCGUCCGUAAGUACUGCCCCUGCAUUACAGAAAAAGUACUUCGCUGAGGCCAGUGACAUUACAGACGCGACUGCCGAUGGUCACCACAGAGACAAACGGUUUUUUUCAAUCGGACAUAACCUCCUAAAUGACCCUCAGGAGUUUGAAGCAAGACUAAGUUCUUUGAUCAGAACUUUUCAGAAAUUUGUCAAGGCUAAUGGAUUAAUCUCCUGGUUAUCGCAUGGUACCUUGUAUGGAUAUUUAUAUGAUGGUUUGAAAUUCCCUUGGGAUGUCGACCAUGAUUUACAGAUGCCCAUUAAACAUUUGCAUUAUUUGAGUCAAUACUUCAACCAAUCCCUAAUAUUAGAAGAUCCAAGAGAAGGCAAUGGAAGAUACCUACUAGACGUGGGAAGUGCAAUUACUGUAAGAGUUCAUGGGAACGGCGAGAACAAUAUUGAUGCUCGCUUCAUCGAUAUCGACUCAGGUAUAUACAUUGAUAUCACAGGACUUAGCGUUAGUUCCGAUGCGGCUAAGCAGUAUAUGUCCAAAUUUGUAGAAGAAGAAAGCUCAGGUAAAAGCUUUUCUGACCUUAUUAAAGACUAUAAAUUUGACGAAAACGACCGUUUCGAUGAAGUUGAGGACAGUGAAGGUUUAGCUAAGUAUACCAUAUAUGAAUUAAUGGAAUGGGUUAAUUCUCAUCCAGACGACUUUACGGAUGCAGAAAGGAGUUUCGUCACGAAAACUUAUAAGAAAGAGCUCGCAAUUUCAAGAAGCGACUAUGCUGAAAAAGACUUGCCUCCAAAGCAGAGAUAUCUGCUAAAUGAGAAAUAUAACCUUUACAAUUGUAGGAAUCAGCAUUUUUCCAGUCUAAACAUCUUAUCACCCCUGAGAAAUACAAUGUUCAAUGGUGUACCGGCAUUCAUUCCUAAUAGGCCUAUAGCAACAUUGAACAAUGAGUAUAAAGUCCCGCAAAAAUAUGGACUUUUAUCAUUCCAAGGGAAGGUGUAUUUACCGGAAUUUAGAUACUGGUUUUCAUUUGCAGACAUGAAGAAGUUUGCAAAUUUGCAGCUGAAAGAACCCAAGAUAACACGGCUAGAAAGUCCUUUAAAUGAUUUGAAAUUCAGUGACAUAAGUCUACUAGUAACAAACAUUAUCAAAUGUGGGUUUCACUCCGUAUUUGCCAGUUUAUUUAAUUCUUUUGAUAGCACUGUUUACAGACUCAAAGAGCUGGAAAUACAGUAUGACCGUAGCUUGAGUGAAGAAGAAAAAAGUAGCCUAUUAAAGACGCUACGGCGAGGAAUGUCAAAGAAAAUAAAAUCACCAGAAAAGGAUCCAAUAAUAUAUAUAUACGAAAGGAAGUUAUGGGAAAACGUGGAAAAGUUGUUGAAUGCUUCAAAUAUUUACAACAUUGCCUCACAAGUUGAAAAGGAAAAAAUCAAAGAAUUUGUUGAGUGGUCCCAGCAAGUGUAUGAAAGAAAAUUUGACGGUUUUAAACUUCCUGAUGGUGGCAACGGUAAUACAGUGACCGAUCUAAAUUCCAAAGGCUUAAAUCUCUUCGGUGAUAAUAAGAAAACUUCAAACAACAUAUUUGGUUCUGACCAAAAAUAUUAA